GGUCAACAUAAAAUAGGUUGUCGACAAGAUCGUCUAUAUUGCCAAGAUCAUCGAUCGAAAGUCUGAAAGUAGUCCGCAACUUACAAGAGUGCGAGAUGCAUUCCACCUGGUUCGAUGAAGACGAGGCGUCGAAUGUACGAACAGACAGCGACAAUAGCCUUCAACACGAGCCUGGAAUGGAUGUCGAGGAAGCCAGCGCAAAUGACAUGGUGCAAAAUACAAUUUCGCCGACGACUUUGCUUGGUCCAAAGUACAAUGAACAAGUGUGACUUUUCGAUGUCCUAUUAAUGUAUUGUUAGUGCCACGGCGAUAGCCAAAGUCGAAGCCAUGUUCGAACAGAUAGUGGAUGACCUCCUCAAUGAGAGAUCCGAGAUUAGCAUCACACUCCGAACGAGACCGCGAUCUCAAGCGACUGUUCUUGCUCGUGAUCUUCAACAAAUCACGACGACGACAGUGGCAGCGCACGCGACGAAAAAAUUGAGCUUUCCUGGCAAAACCGCCGAUGAAGCAUGGAGAUUCUCUGUGGUCCUACGCAUUCUUCAAAUCAUGCACGAAGCCCUACGAAACGAUGUGGUUUUGUCAAAGAGAGACGUCUACUAUCGUGAUCCUGCCUUGUUCGGCAAUCAAAACAUCGUGGACCGCUACGUCGAUGAUAUCGCUCUGACAUUCGGCAUGACGCGCUCCUCACUGAAUGUGACUGCCGCAGCCAAAGGUCUGAUAGCAGGCGCAGCAAAAUUUUACAAACGCGACGGAAGUAUCACGACCCUCGCCCUCUACGAAAGCACCCUCAUCUUCGACCCGAAAGACCUCUUCUCAGUAGACAUGACGCACACCCGGUGGAUCCUCGUCAUCGAAAAAGAAGCAACCUUCCGCUCCCUGCUCAACUCACCCUUCUGGCGCUCCGCAUCGUCCCAGGGAAUCCUGCUCACGGGCAAAGGCUACCCAGAUCUCAGCACACGCCGUCUGCUAAACUUCAUGGGCAUCCCUUCAAUGCGGAACGGCUUCCUCGCGAUUCCCGUCUAUGGCCUCGUCGACUUCGAUCCCGACGGUCUGUCGAUCCUCUCCACUUACCAACACGGCUCGCUCGCCCUCGCCCACGAGAACGCGGAGCACACCGUGCCGGGGAUGCAAUGGCUCGGGCUCCGCAGCAUCCACCUGCAAGAUGUGAUUGGGCAUGUCCACGCCGAGCAGGAACUGUUGGCGUUGACGGCUCGCGACCGAGGGAUGGCGAGACGGAUGUUGGAUCGAGAGAUUUCUCGGGAAGGCUCCGGUGCACACCACGAGCGUCAACAAACUUGUCCGCGGACGGAGCUGCAGCGAAUGCUCAUGUUGAAUUUCAAAGCGGAAUUACAGGUGCUGGAUGCGAUUCCCGAGGGAGUGGAAAACUUACUGGCGCCGUUGUUGCGCGCGUUUGUUGCAUGA